AUGGUUCCUCGGCGGGUGGUUGUCCUGGCGCGGGACCUGGUGCAGGUCCUGGUGCAGGUCCUGGUGCAGGUCCUUGUGCGGGUGGAGGUUCUGGUGCAGGUCCUGGUGCAGGUCCUUGUGCGGGUGGAGGUCCUGGUGCAGGUCCUGGUGCAGGUCCUUGUGGGGGUAGAGGUCCUGGUGAAGGUCCUGGUGCGGGUGAAGGUCCUGGUGCAGGUCUGGGUGCAGGUCCUGGUGAAGGUCCUGGCGCAGAUCCUGGUGACUGUCCUGGUGGUGCAGGUGGUGGUUGUGGACCUGGUGACGGUCCUGACGUUUGGGCCAACACUAACGUGA